UAAAUUCACUAAGAUGCAGAGUUUCUCAGCCGGAGUCUUGAGUACACCAAAGCUACAGUCAGUCAGAGAGCCCAGAUCAGAGAAUCAAUUUUGGGAGGGAAACCUUAACGACACCAUUGUAUAUUUGUUUGUGCAGCGUAACCUACCAAAAGAGGCCAAUUAUGUUAAACUAUCACAAUUUCCUGCGCUAAAACAAUUUUGGCAUGACAAGCAACUGGGGAGGCUCUUCCGUAAUGUAAAAACUCUAACAGUGGAUGGAUGUGAGUCAUUCACAAAAGCUCUAUCGCCCAAUCUACUCUACUCAUUGAUCAAACUAACAACAUUGGAGGUAAGAGACUGUAUAUUAAUGGAACAAGUAUUCAACUUGGAAGGGAUGUCUACAGAUGAAGGGCGUGUAAAGGUGCUUCCUUUACUGAGCAAAUUGCACUUAAUUGGCCUGCCUAAGCUGAGUAUUCUAUGGAACAAGGAUCCUUCAAAAAUUUUGGACUUGAGGAACCUUACAGUGCUCAAAGUGGAAAACUGUAACAGCUUGAAAUAUGCAUUUACUCAGAGUGUGUCCUCAUGCCUUGUGCAACUCCAGGGGGUAUAUUUGAGAAAUUGUCGGAUGAUGGAAGGAAUAAUCAAAAAGCAGGAAUCACGGAAAAAAUUAAUGCCUGAGAUUAUUUUUCCUUCAUUGAAGAAGAUUAGCAUACAUGACUGUCCAAAUGUGAAGACAUUGUUUAACACAGAACAAAGGCCAAAUAAUAAUAAGGUACCCUCUAAUUUGGAAGAGUUGUUAUUAGACAGCAACUCCACCAGAAUUAUACUGGACUGCGAAUUUUCCCUGGAGUUCUUUUCUAAAGUAAAAUCUGUGGAGCUGAUUUCCUUUCCAAGAAAAUCAUGUUUGGCUCUGGUUGAUUUUCUUCGGAGAUUACCCAACUUGGAAAAGCUUCUCGUCAAACUUUCUUCGCUGACAAAGUUAUUCUUUUUGGAAGGAAAUCAUUCUGCUUCUUUCGAAAAUCUAAAAACUUUAGAAGUAGAAGGAUGGAAUAAAUUGACGAGCCUGUUACCGUUGUCGGUGGCCAAAAGUAUGGUGCAGCUUGUGACAUUGAGGGUACAAUCUUGUGAUAUGAUGGUGGAAAUAGUAGAGAGUGAACAGAAGGGGACAGCGGAUGAGAUUGUUUUCAGUAAAUUAGAAAAUAUAGAACUUCGAUAUUUAGAUAGCCUGAGGAGCUUUUGUCAGAGCCAUUUAAGCUUCGAUUUUCCAUCUUUGAAACAAGUGACCGUCUUACGUUGCCCCAAUAUGAGGAUUUUUUGUCACGGAGUCUUAACAACACCGAAGCUGGAUUCUGUGAAAGUCUUGUCUUCUGGCGUCAGUCAGCAAGAAUUGAAUAGGCUUCAGAGUCCAAAUUAUCGCAAUCUCAAUGCCAUGAUUCGAGAAUCGCACUGUUUUGAUUUGGUUGGAUUUCAUGGAUUGAAGGAGUUGAAACUCUCUAAAUUUCCGAUCGUAAGAGAGAACUGGCAUAAAUUGAAAUUUAUAGAGAAGUUGGUGGUCGACGAGUGUGCAUCCUUCUCAAAUGCUUUCUCACUAAAUCAACUGCAGGACUGGAUGAAGUUGAAGGAGCUGGUUGUAGAAAAAUGUGAUCUUUUACAGCAAGUGUUUGAUUUAGAAAGGACCGAUUUUGAUAAAAGUAAAAGUAUGAGAAGGCUAGAAAAAUUACAGUUGAUUGAUCUGUCUAAUUUGAGGCAUCUGUGGAGCAAGGCUAUUUUGAGCUUAAACUAUCUAGAAGUGUUGAAAAUCCAAAACUGCUGCAACUUGACCUAUAUAUUUACAGUGUCCAUGGCUCUUUGUCUUAAGAAACUUAAGGAUUUGGAAGUAAAGGGAUGUUCUUUGGUGAAACAUAUCAUAACAACAGGAGAUGAGGAUAAACCACUUGAAGGUAAGACUGUAUUUCCUUCAUUACAGUCCAUGACACUCCAUUGUUUGCAAAGCUUCAUAAGUUUUUACUCUACAAGCCACGUUUUGGAGUGUUCAUCCUUGAAAUUCAUUGAUGUAACCGACUGUCCUGAGAGGAAAGUUAUUAAAACAGACGAUGGAAAACUUGGCAUGGGUACUCUAGUUCCAUCAAUUUUUGGUGGCCAGCUUGCAUUCCCAAACUUAGAAGAACUGAGAGUAGAAUGGAGCACAGCAAAAGACAUAUGGGUUGGAAGAUUUCAAAUUCCAUUUUUGGACAAACUAAAAGCCAUUGAGCUUACGUGUUUUCCUGGUGAAAAAGCAGUUCUGCCAUCUAACUUCCUUCAAGCUCUCCAAAUUCUAGAGAAGCUUGUUCUCAGUGAUGCUUCUUAUGAAGAAAUAAUCAUUGAUGAAGCGGAAGCUGGCGGCCAAAUUCUUGCAUGCUUGAGAGAGCUAAAGCUGUGUAAGCUGCCAAAUCUUAAGCACCUGAUAGAGCAUACCCUGGUUAUUGAACGCCUAGAAACAUUGAAAAUACUGAAAUGCGGUGGAUUAGAAGUCUUAGUUUCACCCUCGGUGUCUUUCCAACGUCUAACAAAGCUACAGGUAUCACAAUGUCAUCGUUUAAGAAAUCUGAUGACUCCGGCCACUGCUAGAAGUCUUGCGCUACUCAAAAGAAUGGUUAUAAAAGACUGUAAAAUGAUACAAGAAAUAGUUUCUACUGAAGCGGGUGGAAUAGAAGAUGAGAUCCAUUUUGGCCAACUAGAAUAUUUUGAACUGGAUAAUCUGCCAUGUCUCACAAGCUUCUGCUCGGUUAGAUAUACCUUCAAUUUCCCAUCUUUAGAGGAUAUGAUCAUCAGAGAAUGUCCCCAGAUGGAGACUUUUGCUCAAGGAGUCGUAACUACAUCAAAGUUAUGGAAAGUUCAAACAGGAGAGUACAAAUGUGAAUGGGAAUGGAAGGGGAGCCUAAAUAACACCAUUCGAGCAUCACCUGAGGAAAUGGUAGGUACUUCUGACAUCGGUGACAUCGGAAGCAAUGGUUUCUUACAAACUUCAAUUGCUACAGCUGAAUCUGUUGAUGAAGUUGUAGAUGCUGAUAAGGUUACAAUGAAUGAGAAUACUGAUACUACUAACACUGGAAAAAAAUUAAAAAAACCUUUAGCUAUUUUGCAGUAUUCUGAUGAAUUAGAUACUCCAGAUAAAGUUAAGUUUGUUGAUAGUGUGUUUAGUGAUAGAUGUCCUCUUACCAUUGAACCUGUUGGUGAUGCACCUAAUCAUGAAUGGAAAUCAGAUUUUACUUCAUGGAUUGAGAAAUGUGAAUUCAAGAGAAUAAAUUCAAGCAACGAAAUGUACUCCAAAAGUGCAAGGUCUUUGCAUCCGAGUACGAGACUUUGUUAUGAACAAAAUGAUAAGAAAGAUUUCUAUCUUCAGCUUCAUGAGCCAGGGGGUUAUUUGGAGUCAGCUCAUAUAGAUAUUUUGUUUGGACACUUGAGGAAGAAGUGUAAGAUUUUGAAUAAGGGAUUUACAACUUGUGACAACUAUUUUGAUCAGUAUAUACAGACUAUGCAUAAAGAAUUUUCAGAGGAGAAGGACAUAAAUAAGUUACCAAAUGUGGAUCAUGUUUGCAAUAUCAUUGUUGGGAGUGAAGGUUCAUAUAAGAUAUCAUGGGGUGUUGUGAAAAAUGUUCUAUUUCCUGUUCACCUCUAUGUUGAUGGAAAACAACAAGAUCAUUUUGUUCUAGCAAGAUUAAGUUUUGAUGACAGGAAAUUUUACAUAUAUAAUUCUUUGCGGAAUGAAUUGUAUAAUAAACUUGCUAGGGAAGUUGUAACUGGAUAUGCUAUUGUACUCCCUUUUCUCCUCGAUCGAUCUGGAUUUUAUGACCGUAAUGACAUAAAUUUCAAGUCAACCGCUUACAUUGGCAAGAAAAAUACCGAUCCAUUUGUUGUUAUUCUUCUUGAUGAGCUUCCUACUCAAGAAUCUUCUGAUUGUGGUAUUUUUAUAACUGCAUUUGCGGAGUAUUUGAUUGAAAGUAGGUCUAUACCUAUCCAAUCAUUUAAUGUUGCUUCUAUACGCAAUCGAUAUGCAAUUAAUCUUUAUAUGUACGAAAAGUGGAAGAGAAAUAAUGGUUAUAAUUCAAAUGAAGAUGUUUAGAAAAUGUUGUUCAAUUUUAUCAAUUUCAUGACAGUUUACGAAUUCUACGACAGUUAUAUGUUUUUAGCUUACUUUGGCCUGUGUAGCAAUUUUAUGAUACUUUUAGUUCUUUUUGUAAAGGUAACAUUAAUAUACCUGUAACAUAUUUGGUUGUUAAUAUAGUCCAUUUUUAUA